AUGGAAUUACAAAUUGACAAUCACUCUCGUGUUGAAAGAUCUUCACCAAUCAAUUUGUUCACCGUUGAAAAUAUGUUUAAUUCACAAAGAAAUAACAUCAAUGGUCAGUAUUUUUCUCAUUCGACAGAAUUAAUUAAUCAUCCUAAUCAUAGAACAACAAUUAAUAAUACCGAAUCAACACCAUCAACAAGACAAAAUUCAACUUCUACAAAUCAAAUUGCAAGACUUGUUAGAAG